AGUGUAGACUUAUCGAAGGCCCCAUCGUAUGUUCUGAAAGAAAUGCAGAAGGAAGUAGAGAUUUACAAGGAACUCGCUGAUAUCCAAGGCAAGUAUAUCCCGAAGUUGGUCUGUUAUGGAUAUUAUGGAGGAGGUAUGAGCUUCGUUAUCGGCUUAACUAUUGUUGGCACUAUGUUGAGCGACCAAAAAAUAACGGAACAGCAAAAGUCAGGGGCUAUUAAGGGAUUGGAAGCAAUCCACAAACAUGGCAUCCUCCAUAAUGAUAUUCGGGAGGAAAACAUCCUAAUUAACGAUAAUGAUGACAUCUACUUGAUCGACUUCGGGAUGGCAAGCCGGGAGGACACAAAAAAGAAGAGAAAGCUUUUCGAGGAGGAACAGCUCAAAUUAUCUCAAUUGCUAGAUGGAUAUAUUGUACAUUUCGUAAAGAAGGAGGGGCGAAUUUCCAAGUCACGUAAAUGUCAGGUGGUUAGUUAGACUGUAGGAUUAGAUGUAGCAUAGA